AUGGAUUUUCUUCAGCGCCUUGCCCGGUUCCUGGACCGCCCUCUGUUCCCAUGGAAGAAGCUGAUUAUUGGCUUCUCCGUCGGCCAGUACCUCUUUGAAGCUUUCCUUGGCUUCCGCCAAUAUCGCGUCCUGCAAAGGACAAGACCACCCAAAGUUCUGGAACACGAGGUUUCGCAAGACGUUUUCGAUAAAAGCCAAGCAUACGGCCGAGCCAAGGCCAAGUUCGGCGCCAUCAACGGUCUCUACGGACAGCUCCAAAAUCUCGCAUUCUACCAGUUCGACGUGCUUCCGAAGCUCUGGUCAUGGACAGGCAAUCUUCUUAUCCGCUUCGCGCCGGCUCGCUUCACCGGCGAGAUUUCGCAUUCGAUCGUGUUCAUCUUGGCGUUCAUUGUCAUCCAUCAGAUCCUGUCGCUGCCUUCCAACAUCUACAACACGUUCGUGCUGGAAGAAAAGUUCGGUUUUAACAAGCAGACCCCUAAGCUGUUCAUUACCGAUAUGAUCAAGACCAACAUGCUGGCUUUCGUCCUCGCUCCUCCCAUCCUGGCUGGUUUCCUUUCCAUCAUCAAAAAGACUGGCAGCCAGUUCUUCUACUACCUCUGGAUGUUUGGCGCUGGCCUGCAGGUCUUCAUGAUCACCAUCUACCCCAUCGUUAUCCUGCCGUUGUUCAACAAGUUGUCUCCCCUCGAGGAGGGCAAGCUGAAGACGGAUGUUGAGGACCUGGCCAAGAAGCUCAAGUUCCCGCUUCACGAGCUGUACGUCAUUGACGGCAGCAAGCGCAGCGCUCACAGCAAUGCCUAUUUCUUCGGGCUGCCGUGGAAGAAGCACAUCGUCAUCUACGACACGCUGAUCGAAAAGAGCGAGAAGGACGAAGUCGUGGCGGUUCUGGCCCACGAGCUCGGCCACUGGAGCCUGGGCCACACCACCAAGCUGUUCGGUAUCUCUCAGGCCCACUUCUUCUACAUCUUCGCCCUCUUUUCUGUUUUCGUGAACAACUCCUCUCUGUAUGCCAACUUCGGUUUCACCAAGGAGCACCCAAUCAUCGUUGGUUUCCUGCUCUUUUCAGAUAUUCUGGGCCCCUUGGACAACGUCAUCAAGCUCUUGAUGAACAUCCUGAGCCGCCGCUUUGAAUUCCAGGCUGACGCCUUCGCCAACAACCUUGGCUACAACAAUGAGCUGGCGCGGUCUCUGAUCAAGCUCCAGAUCCAGAACCUCAGCACCAUGGACGCCGACUGGAUGUUUGCCAGCUACAACUUCUCGCAUCCUAUUUUGUCGGAGCGGCUGAAGGCUCUCAACUGGCAGCCAACCAAGAAGGUCGAGGCGAAGGCGGGUGACAAGGCUGAGGGCAAGGAGGAUGUCGCGACGGCGACUGGCAGGGACGAACUGUAG